CUAUCACAAGCAAUCAAAAAUGGGAAAAAGUCAACAAAUCUUACCAGCCGCAAAACCUCCAUCGAACAUCCCUGAGGCUAUUCCACCUUGGACGUUAGAUGCAGAAUGUUGGCUGUUUCCAUUCUAUACGACUAGCUCUCAAAUCUCCAGCAACAAACAACAGUCGAAUGACCAGACGAGUAAUUCAGCUUCAGUCUUGGCUCAUAAACAAGGUAUUGACGCUGGCGCUUAUCAUCCUUUAGAAGAUGUUUCCCAUAUCACAACAGACGUCUUCAAAGGUGGAUUAGGAGGUUGGAUUCUCUACAGGUACGCCUCCAGUCCUGUUGGCCCAUACGAUGAAUUGAUUUACGUUGCAGGCAGCUUUCAAUCAAAAGAUUCAGGUACAAGCGGACUGAGAAUCACAAACAUUUACGUUUCCACUCACGACAGCGUUUGGAAUGGGAGAAGAAAUUGGAACAUUCCCAAACAUGUCGCCAAGUUUGAAUGGUCACAUCCUUUCAGAGCGCGAACAACCGAACCGCAAACAGUCAAGAUAUUCCAUCCUUCCUUGGCAACUGCAACAAAUCUCCCUUCAGCUGUAGAUGACCAGAAGCCGUUCUUCAGUGCAACAUUCACACAAUCGAAGUACUUGCCUUACCUUCCCAUCAAUACCAAGUACUUCCCAUCUCUGCCGCUCAUUCAACCACCAUUACAGGCUGGCCUGUACAAACGCAAUUCUCGAGAAGCACAAGUAGAAACUGAAUCUUUGCCGAAUGAUCUCUAUCGUUCAACUUCGCCGACAUUCAAAGGUAAAUUCACGCUAGCAUACUGUCAGUAUGCACCCGGACAAUCUACCUAUGGUGACGGGGUCUCGUUUCCCAAAGCGACAAAUACGUUGGGCUAUGGUUGUUAUAUGCCAAAUAUUGAAGUGGGCUUCCCGUGGUCAGUAGAAUAUCCGUCAACAAAAUAAGUGAGAAUGUAUGAAUUCAUAAAU